AUGGUGGUCGUAAAAGUUUUGUUGGUAAUCACUCUGUAUAUGCUAAGUGCAUGUAACUGUUCCUUUUUAAACAGUGAAUUAGCGGAGAGGUUAGAUAAACUCGAGGCUCUGUAUGAAAGAUAUGAGAAUCUGAUUAGUAAGAACAGUAAUGAGCUACAAGGACUGCUCGAAAAAGCAAGGGCGAAAGCGCAGCCAAUGAAAACUGAAGAUGAAAACCAGGAUGAACAGGAAGUCAACACUGACGUGCAGCCGGCAAACAAUGUCAACAAAAGACAGAUACUGACCACCGCCUCCCCGUUGUCCCAUCCAUCCACCCCAUUGGUGUUCCAUGCAACCCUAACUAACUCAUACAGCAUCAUGAGCCCUAAACAGACCAUCGUGUACAACACUGUCAUCACCAACGUCGGUAAUGCGUAUGAUUCUAACUUUGGUGUGUUUAAGGCGCCCUUUUCUGGACUCUAUGAGUUCAUAGCAACCAUUUCUGCUUACACUAAUUAUUAUGUCGACGUUGAAAUGGUUCUCAACAACCGGAUGUUAUGCCGUGCGCAUGCCGGAGCUCCCAACAUGGAUAUCGGCAUGUGUGUUUCCAUGGUUCAUCUCAAUACCGGAGAUGACGUAUUUGUACGUCAUUACAACGGAAGAGGAACGUAUAUCUACGGAGGGUACAGAUACCCUUCAUUUUCUGGGCAUUUAAUAGUGAAAGAUUAA